AUGCGUCACAAUUGCAAUUGUUAUGCCAAUGAUGUCGAGACCUACCAAGAACAACAACAGUCCAGUGAAGAACUCUUCUUUAAUGAGGAAAGCAUAGAGAAAAUAAAGAUUCACAUAAUUAGUAUUAAUAAGCAACAAUUGGUGCUCAAUGAGGAGAUUUAUGGACCACUGACAAAUGAUUCUGUUAUUGUUCUCAUACAGGUUCACAAACGUAUUGAGUACUUGGAGCAUUUGAUUUAUAGUCUGUCGCUAGCUCGAAAUAUCUCGCAGGCCUUGUUGAUUUUCUCGCACGAUUAUUAUGAUAAUGUCAUAAACGAUUUGGUGCAAUCAAUCAAGUUUUGCAAAGUGAUGCAAAUAUUCUAUCCACACUCAGUGCAAAUGCAUCCAAAUGAAUUCCCAGGCGAUGAUCCUAACGAAUGUUCGCAACAGAGUUCAAUGGAAGGAAAUCCCUUGAGUAAAUGCAAUAACGUGUUACACAUUGCGAAUGUUACGCAGAUGAAGCAUCAUUGGUGGUGGAAGGCUAAUAUGGUUUUCAAUGGACUAGAAAUUACCAAGCAUCACAAAGGUCUCGUUUUGUUUCUGGAGGAAGAUCACUAUGUGGCCGAAGACUUUCUGCAUGUGCUGUUAUUAAUGCAGGAGAGUAGAGGAAAUUUGUGUCCAGACUGCAAUGUGUUGGCACUCGGUAAUUAUCUAAAGUCACUUCAGUACUUUACAUACCACAAAAAGGUUGAAGCCGAGCCUUGGUAUGUGGGCAAGCACAAUAUGGGCUUCGCCAUCAAUCGCACACUGUGGACUAACAUAAAUCGAUGUGCCAAGUCCUUUUGCAACUACAACGAUUACAAUUGGGAUUGGUCACUGCAACACGCCUCCAGUUGGUGCCUCAAAAGACAACUGCUUGUUAUGGCAAUCAAAGGAACGCGAGUCUUUCACAUAGGCAAUUGUGGCUUUCAUCAUUCCAGCGACGAUUGCACUUCGGUUAAUCUCAUUACAAAGGUGCAACUUGUAUUGAAAUCAGCUCGAGAAGCCCAUCAACUCUAUCCCAAAUUUCUGAGAAUUGUGAAACCGCUAUUGCUUAAAAGAAAUCAUUUGAGCACACAUUUCCAUAGCUACGGACGUUGGGCUGAUCCGCGUGAUCAUCAACUUUGCCUCAACAAUACGCUGCCAAAUCGCUAAAUAUUGCUUGCCAAAUAAACAGACUUUCAUGCAGUUGACAACGCAUAAUAAUUAUGCAGGUAAAAUUUGAC